CAAAGGUGUAUUAUUUAGUUCACAUGAGGAGGUAGAGGUAGAAGAAGAGGAAGAGGAGAAGGAAGACGAGGAAGAAGAGAUUGAAGAAGUGGAUGAAGAGGAUGCAAUGCAAAACCAUAGUAGUGAUGAAGCAAAGGUGGAAGAUGAGGACGAGAAGAAAAAACAUGCUGAACUCCUUGCUCUUCCUCCUCAUGGAUCUAAAGUAUACAUUGGUGGCAUUCCUCAUGAUGUCUCAAAUGAGGAUUUGAAAUCUUUUUGCAAGAGAAUUGGGGAAGUUGCAGAGGUUCGAGUAAUGAAGGGAAAGCAUUCCUGUGAAAACAAGGGAUUCGGUUUUGUAAGAUUUAGAAGUGUGGACUUGGCUUCUAAAGCCAUCGAAGAGCUGAAUAAUACCGAAUUUAAGGUAAGAUGUUAAUCUUAGACAUUAAGCAUUCAUAACUGAUAUUCCUUGUAAGUUCAUUGCUUUGUUAUUACUACUCUAGUAUUAUAAACAUUGCAGAUGCUUUAUGCAGAAAUUCUUAGCCACAAUGCUUUAUGCAGAUUCUUUGUUGUUCCUAACUGUGUUAAUGAUCAAUUCUUUAAGGGUAAAAAAAUAAAAUGUUCUACAUCUCAAGCCAAACACCGUCUUUUUAUUGGCAAUGUUCCUAGAAGCUGGGGUGUGGAAGAUCUGAGGAAGAUUGUUUCUGAGGUUGGACCUGGAGUUAUUGGUGUGGAACUAGUCAAGGCUGUCUACAAAGAAGACAUGCUUCGCAGGGACAUUGAGGAUCUUCAAAAACGUUAUCAGGCAAGUGAAAGACGGUGUGAGGAACUGAUUACGCAAGUUCCUGAAUCCACAAGGCCACUUUUAAUGCAAAUUGAAGCCAUGCAGGAAACAAAUGCCAAAAGAGCUUAAGCUUGGGCAGCUGUUGAAAGAACUCUCAAUUCUCGACUUUAGAUUUCCUGUUUAAGAGCAUAACAGACUCAAUUAAGUAGGACCCUUGAAAAAGAGAGACAAAGGGCAGCUGAAAGUAGGCAGGAAUAUCUUGUAGCAAAGGAGGAAGCUGACACUCAAGAAGGUCAUGUGAGACAGUUUGAGGAAGAGAUCAGAGACAUUAGACAGAAAUACAAGCUAGAGUUACAGGAGGCACUGAUACACAGGGAGCAUCUUCAGCAGGUAGAGCUUUUUUAUUAUGGAUUUCAAAUAUAGCACUGGAAACUUGUUAAUGAAGCCUUUUGGUUUCACCUCCAAUUAAUUUUCUAUCAUUUCUCAUUUUGUGGGUAAUGGGAUUACCAGCCAAACGAGAGAUUUGGUUUCAUG